AUCAUGAUCAAGCAAUCAAUUGAUGGACAAGCAGUAAAUAGUGAUGAUGACUAUACAGCAACAAACACCUCUUACAGUGACCAGCGCAGUGAAAAUGAUGAUGAAUACUGUCCAUGUGAAACAUGUAUGAGGAAAAAAAUGGCAUCUAGACUUACACUCCCUGCAGAGGUUAUGCCUACUGCCCCUGUAUUGAUGGACUUUGAUUUAAAGACAAUUCUAGCAUUGAAGAACAGUGAACCCGGAGGCGCACAAACAACCAAUCAUGCAGCUAAUAUUAAAGAUAUUAUUGAAUUUAAAGCUGCAGAAAUGCUUGUGGAAAGUGUCAUUCUGGAGGCCAAGAGAGAAGUCAAAGCAGAGACUGCUAAAGUUUUGACAGAAGUGACUGUCAAUGAAGAAGCAGCCACUGCUGAAGAUGAAAGUCUGGUGGAAGAAAAAACACAAGAAGCAAGCAGGGAUGAAGUUGAUGCUGAUGAAAUUGCUGGAGAAGCUGAAAAAGAACUCGCAGAAAAUGAGAACGCAGACACAAUCAUGAUUGAGGCUAAAUCCAUGGAAGAGAAUGCUGAAGCAGGUACAGCUCAAUAUGAAACAGCAGAAGAUGAUGUUGGACUAUUAACAGCCACAGAAGAAUGUGAUGAAGAAAAUACAUCUGAAGUGAAAACUGCAGGAGAAGAAGAAACUGCUGUCAUAGCUGAAGAGGAACCAAGAGAAGACAAUGCUCAAGUGGCUACAGAUGAAGAUGCAACAGCAGUUGCAGAGACAAUCGAAACAGCAACCACUGGAAAUGAAUUAACAGAAGAGGACACUGCAGCAGACACAGAUGGAGAUGGAUUAGCUGAAGAGAUGGCUGAGGCCGCCUCAGCUGACGAUGAAAUGGCAGAAGAGGAGACCACUGAGGCUGCCACAACCAAAAAUCAAUCUGACAAAGAGGAAACUACAGAAGCAGGAGAAGAUGAAGAUGGAGAAGAGACUGCUGCCACAAAUGAGGAUAAUACUGCAGAGAGUAUGGAUGCCAUCACAACUGAAGAUGAAACUGCAGAGGAGAAUGAUGAUACAGCCACAGCUGAUGAAUUGUCGAAGGAUGAAUCUGAGGAAGAGACUUCUGAAGUAGCCACAUAUAGUGAUAAAUCGGAAGAACACGAGAAAAUGGAGAUGGCUACAGAAGAACAUGAAUCAGUGGAAGAACCUUCUGCCAUAGUAGCAGAUGAAUCUACAGAACACAAGAUAAUCUCUAAAGAUAAUGAUGAAUCAAAUGAAGAGAACACUGAAUUUAUGGAAAACUGCUCAGAAUCAGCUGAUGAUGAAAAUGCAGGUGAAGAAACUGCUACUAUAUGUGAAAAAGUAUCCAUGGGGCAGGAUAAUGUAGAAGUCCUGACUGAAGAUGAAUUUACAGGAGCUGAAGCUGUGAAUGAAAAUGAAUCAGGUGAACAAAGUGAUAAAUCAACCACAGCUGAAGAUGAGUCUGCAGAAGCCUCAUUAGGUGAAACCCCUUCUGAUGAUAAUGAGACUGUAGGAGAAGAGCAAAUUGCUGAGGUCACAGGUGAAAAUGAGCCAGGAGAGAAGAGUGCAGAAGAACCCAUGGCUGAAAAUGAGACUGCAGGAGAAAGGAAUAAUCUUGACAUGGCCACAACUGAAGAUGAGACUGCAGGAGAGGAUGAGAAUGUAGGAGAGGAUGAGAAUGUAGGAGAGAUUGCAGGAGAAGAAGAUAAUCUUGACAUGGUCAUGACCGAGGAUGAGACUGCAGGAGAAGAUGAGACUGCAGGAGAGAAUGAGAAUGUAGAAGAAGGGGAUAAUCUAGAUGUGGCCACAACUGAAGAUGAGAGUGCAGGAGAGGAUGAAAAUGUAGGCGAGACUGCAAAAGAAGGGGAUAAUCUACAUGUGGCCACAACUGAAGAUGAGAGUGCAGGAGAGGAUGAGAAUAUGAGAGUGCAGGAGAGGAUGAGAAUGUAG